AUGUCAGCACCACCAGGUCGAUCGGCCACAGUGACGUCGCUUAGUGGGCGCGUUAAUGCGCUCAAGUUUAUGCAGCGAGCCACCGCUUCGUCCGCGUCAUCCGCUGCAUCUGCCUCCAACACCCGCACCGAGUCCAGCACAGCAAGUCAACGCACACCGCCUGCAUCCCGUUCGCCAGCGACGACGUCGCCAUCUGCCUCGAUCCGAGCCUCUCCGUUGUUGGGCGCAGCAGAAGAGGAACAGUGGUCACUCUCGCCCGCUGCGAUCGCAAAGCUCAGGCCUCGAGCACAAGCACAAGCACAAUCCCAAUCCCAAUCCCAAUCCCAAUCCCAAUCGCAUCAAAGUACAACGCAGGAGCCGAAACGACCAAAGAUCUACCAAGAAGCUGGAUUCGACGCGUGGUUGAUCGAAAGGGAGAAACAGCUGUCUGACGAAGCUACGAACAGGAUAAAUCAGAGACACACAUUUGGACAGCUGGGAAAGCAACAAGGCGGCGACAAGGACGAGGACGAGGGCGAGGACGAGGAACAAGAUUCGAGAAAGCGUCCGAGAGGUCAGACAGACGACGAACAAGGACAAGAGUCGGAAGAAAGUGAAGAGCAAGGCUCCCAACCGCGAUUUGUCAAGCCAGGUUCUUUGGGGAAAAGGAGCAAGAGUAACACCAAGCACAUAGCCAACGGUUCACCGGACUCGUCGAGCAACAAGGCGAACAAAGGAAAGAGGAGAACAAGCAACGAUCAAGAUAAGGUGGUGUUUACUCGCAAACGAGACACGCUCAAGGUUACGUCGCAUACCGUGGCAUUUAGCUCUAGCGACGAGGUCGUAUUCGAAAAGGUCCUUUGGCGCAAACAAGCGUAUGCGGACAACUUUGUUGCGCCGAGCUUUCUGUGUGAUCUGCGCACCAACUCGCAGGUCGUGCUUCCAUCCUUGGGCCAACUCACACUGGCAUCGUUACGCAUCUCGACGCGUCUGCUACGUGUGGUGCUUUUGGCGCUGUGGUUCGUGCAUCUCCACUUGGGCACGGUAGAUGCCGAACACGUGCUGCUCGUCGGUGGCGGCAUUGUUGCACUUAGCACACUGGUGUCAUCUGCAUAUUCUGUGCAAACGGUGCGAACAAUAGAGACGACUAGACAUCACGGCAGAAAGGUGAUGGGUAAAGUCAUCAUGGCAGUGGUGCUGUUGGCGGUAUCGCCGGUUUUGCGGACGCUGACUGAAUCAACGACGUCGGACAGCAUCUGGGCGUUGAGCGUGAUGCUGUUUCUCGUGCACCUGACACUCGCUGACUAUUCGGGCCGAGCGACUUGGAGCGAGCGUGGCAGUGCGAUCAGCGAUACAAUGUCGUUCAAUGCGGCCAUGUCGGCGAGUGUGGUUCUCGCUUCCAGAUUGAAUACGGACAGCGAGACAUUUACGCUCUUGGCGCUGGGAACGCUGCUGUUUGUGCCCAAAGCGCGAGCUAGUGUCGCCGAACGCGGCGCCAACAAGAACAGCGACUGGUACGCGUUUGUUAUAGCGUAUUCAAUGACAGUGGUCACAGCGGCGCUAUUUGCGUUCGUCCGCCUGCCCGAAGUGCGCAUCGGCGCCUCGAACCGCUUCAUCGGUAUCGUGCUAGUGUGGACGCAUUUGGUCGUGGGCUUUAUAUCCAUCGUGUGUCCCUGGUGGAUCGUACGUGCACAGACGUGGAAGAUGGAGAUCAAGGGGCCGUGGGAUCCUGCUGAACCCGUGCUCUCCUCGUCCAAGCAUCCACGAUCGCUUUGA